AAAUUAAAUAGAGAGUACCAAAAAUCAAUUACAAGUGCGAAAAGAAAAAUAAAAUAUUUCUUUAAAUCGGACACGCCACUAAAAAUAAGCAGAAAUACAAAAUUCUAGACAUUUCUCAAAAUUCUUUCAAUUCCUACGACUACUAACUCGACUGAUUCGGCAACAUCAGCCGAAAGUCUGCGAGCAAAGCUUCUCUGCUCAGCAAAAGUGAAUGUGAAGUUACGAAAAGAAAAAAAAGAAAAAAGAUAAAUAAAUACCGCUACAAGUUGAGACAAUUGUUAGCUCCAAUUGCGAGUGGCUUCGUCGUGCGUUUGUGUGCGUGUGUCAAAAGAAUAGACGGAGGAGAGCAAUAGAUGCAGCUUCUUCACCUUCGCUUACGAUUCGCUGCUGCGAGCAUCACAGAAGAAGCUUCAAAAGGAGAAGCAAGAAUUACUCUACGCGGCGGCUCAACGUAAAAGUUUUAGUGUGAAUAUUACUAUUAUUUUUUUUUUGUCUUGCUAGCAGUCAGCUUCGCUUACACUGCUAUUAUUUUUUUUCGGGUGUCUAUAUUUUUUUUUGCUGUUCUGUUACGACAAUUUCAAGUGUGCAACAAAAAAAAAAAAAGAAAAGAAAAGGAAAAGCGGAAGCAGCAUUUAAUAACAACAGUUACAAAUCUGGAUUAAAUAUUUAAUUUCCUCUACCGGGACAUAUACGCAGUUAAGCUUGCAGCUAGAAACUGUGCUAUAUCAGGACACCCAGCCCACUUGCCAACCAGGACAAGAUUAACAAAUAAACCAGCCGAAAGAUGACGACCGUUUGCAACGGGGGCAUUAUGACGGGCUGCGACUACGACUAUGACGAUUGCCCCACCCUUGACGACAUCGAAUUGAAUGAUCUACUUGACUGCGGCAUGCCCAACCUGAACGAUCUGGCUGACAGGCUGCCCAGCAUACAGAACGAUGUGGAACGGAUCGCGGCCAAUCGGACGCACUCGCUGAGCAUCUCGCACCAUGACGAUUUCGGCGAUCUGGACAUAAAGCCCGAGAUACGCAAUAUGGACUGCAUGUGGUCCGUGUUCGCCAGCAACAUGGCCAAUUGCAUUGGCAACGGCGGCGGCAGCAGCAGCAGCAUACUCAGCAACAAACACAUCAGCAGCAGCAGCAACAACAACAGCAACAACAACAGCAAUUCGGCUGCGUCCAGUUAUAGCGAGAGCAGCGCUGUGCCGCCAGCCUUUGUCACGGGCAACACGUUGCUAAUCAAACGCGAACCGGAGGAAGAGGAGGAUGAGCAGGAGGAGGAGGAGGAGGAGGAGAGGUCAACUGGCAAAGCGACAGCAGCAGCAGCUGCAGCUGCAGCAACAGCAACAAUUGCGAUACCAAGUCGAGUGCUUCACAUUGAACCGUAUAUACCGCCAGGCACUUCGCUGCUGCGCAAGAGCAACACGCAGCACAAGCAGCAGCAACUGUUGCAACAACAGCAGCAGCAACGUCUUAUCGACUUGGCCACAGCCAGCAACAACAACAGCAGCAGCAACAACUGCCUUGUGCUGCCCGAUGAUGAGAUAUUGCCGGAAUUCCGUCACAAUGUGGAUCUGCACGCCUGCGUCAUGGGCAGCAACAAUAUUGCGCUGACGAGCAGCGCCGCUGCCAUCGAUCAUCUCAGCCGGGAGCUGCAGAAUACGAGCAAGGAGCGCAUCGAUCUGCCGUAUCGGCUCACGACUGCGCCGCAGUUCAGCGAUGUGCUUGAGGUGCUCAAUCAGCAGUCGGAGCAAACGGCGGCAGCAAAGGCCGCAGCAAAGGCCGCAGCAAAGGCGGCGGCAGCGGCAGCGUCAGCGGCUGCAACAGUUGUCACACUGUCGCCGCCGGCAACGAACGCGACCAGUUCCGAUUGUGAUUCAGAUGAUGGCGAUUGCUCCAUGGGCAACUCCAGCUGCGGCUCGGCUGCCUCGAUCGAUUGCAACUACAUGCGGCACAUAAGCGAUCACAGUUAUACGCGCUCCAACGAGGUGGAGACUAAUCUGGACACGCCCUCCGAUUCUGAUGAGGAAAUCGACGUUGUCUCGCUCAAUGACAAGAAAUUGCCCACAAAUCCAUCGGAUCGUGAUCGACGCGCUCUGCAAACGAAUAUCGCCUACAAAAUCUCGAGUGAUGCCCGAAUCCUACAAUCCAAACGAUUCGAUCUACCCUAUACGCCGGCCAGCAGCAGUCCGGUCAAGUCCGUAGUCAAUUCGCGCUACGCCUCGCCAUCGAGCACGCCCUAUCAGGGCGCCGGCGCUGUGCCGGCCAGCUACUCGCCCGAAAGCCUCUCCCAGAGCAGCAGCAGCAGCAGCAGCAGUAGCAGCAGCAGUAGCAUCAUCAGCGACUGCACAACGCCGCCCGCAACGAUGUUGGAUGGCAAGGGCCGCAAGCCCUACUACAUGUCCGACUGCACGUCGAGGAUGUAUUCGAACAAGCGCAGCAAUAUGAUCAGCCUGGUCGCGGCGAAGAAGAGUCGCGUGAAGAAGGUGAACGCCGGCUACGCCCAGCGGCCGUCCAAGUUCCAUGAUUUGGAUGACAAGAGCCCGCUCGACUCCAUUGUCACAGGCGGCUCCGGCUCUGGCGCUGGCAUCGCGAAUACGAGUCCCAGUGUGAACGCCAUCAGCAACAGAUACGGCAACAAUAGCAACAACAGCAGCAACAUGCUGAAGCGCCAGCUCAGCAUAGACGAGGCGGACACGAUUGAGAAGCGCAAUCUGCACAACGAUAUGGAGCGUCAGCGGCGCAUCGGGCUCAAGAAUCUGUUCGAGGCGCUGAAGACGCAGAUACCCAACAUACGGGACAAGGAGCGUGCGCCCAAGGUCAACAUACUGCGCGAGGCGGCCAAGCUCUGCGAGCAUCUCACCAGCGAGGAGCGCGACCUCAGUCUCAAGCGGCAGCUCCUGAAGGCGAAGCUCAAGCAGCAGCAGGAGCUCCUCGCCCGCCUGCGUCUGAGCAAGAAUGCAGCUGAAUGAUGAUAGCGG